UAGGCUCAGUUCGGUUGAGUUCGCCGAGGGGAGAAGAGCUCCGCAGAUAUGGGGGGAGUGACCGCUCUGUGUGCGCUGAUAGCCGGGGUCAUAGUGCCCAGCCUGGCCGGGUACAUCGAGGCACUUGCGGCCAAUGCCGGUAUUGGAUUUGCGGUGGCAGAGCCACAAGUAGCCAUGUUUUGUGGCAAAUUGAACAUGCAUGUAAAUAUACAGACUGGAAAAUGGGAGCCUGAUCCGUCUGGAAGCAAAAGCUGUUUUGGAAGCAACGAAGAGGUCUUGCAGUAUUGCCAAGAGGUCUACCCAGAACUGCAGAUCAGCAACGUGGUGGAAGCCAAUCAGCCUGUGAGCAUCGAUAACUGGUGCAAGAAGGGGAAAAAGCAAUGCAAGGGCCAUUCACACAUCGUGGUACCAUUCAAGUGUCUGGUGGGCGAGUUUGUCAGCGACGUUCUGCUGGUUCCGGAGAGAUGCAAAUUCUUCCACAAGGAGAAGAUGGACCUGUGUGAGAGCCAUCAGCACUGGCAUAAUAUCGCCAAGGAGGCCUGUAUGACCGAAGUCAUGGUCUUACACAGCUAUGGCAUGCUGCUGCCAUGUGCCGUCGACCAGUUCCGUGGCACAGAGUACGUGUGCUGCCCUCAGGCCAAGAUCCUCGACGAAGCUCUCUCUAAAGAGGAAGAGGAGGAAGACGAAGAUGAUGAAGAGGAUUAUGACACUUACAAGAGUGAAUUUCCCACCGAGGCGGACAUAGAGGACUUCACGGCUGCUGUGGAAGAGGAUGAAGAUGAGGUCGAGGAGGUGGAAGAUGAAGAUGAAGUAGUUGAAGACCGUGAUUAUUACUAUGAUAAUUAUAAGGAUGAAGAUUACAAUGAAGAAACUGCAACAGAGGCCACAAAUGAGAGAACAGUCUCCGGGAAAGACGUAAUCACAGACGUCAAAGCUGUCUGCUCCCAAGAGGCCAUGACGGGUCCUUGCCGGGCCAUGAUGCCGCGAUGGUACUAUGACAUCCGACAGAAAAAAUGUGUCCGGUUUAUAUAUGGCGGCUGCGGCGGAAACAGGAACAAUUUUGAGUCUGAGGACUAUUGCAUGGCUGUGUGUAGAAUAAUGAUCCCAACAACGCCUGCUCCUGCAGAUUACGUGGACAUCUAUUUAGAAACUCCUGCAGAUGAUAACGAGCACGCACGAUUCCAAAAAGCCAAAGAACAGCUGGAGGUUCGACACCGUAACCGCAUGGAUCGGGUUAAGAAGGAAUGGGAAGAGGCUGAGCUGCAAGCUAAAAAUCUGCCAAAGGCCGAAAAACAGACGCUCACUCAGCAUUUCCAUGCCAUUAUAAAAGCCCUCGAGAAGGAGACUGCGCAUGAAAAGCAACAAUUGGUGGAGACUCACCUGGAGCGCGUAGAAGCCAUGUUGAAUGACAAACGCCGCGUUGCGCUGGAGAAUUAUCUUUUUGCACUUCAGGCCAGUCCUCCUCGUCCACACCGCAUCCUGCAGGCCCUGAAACGUUACGUCAGAGCAGAGAAUAAAGAUAAACUUCACACCGUCCGCCACUACGAGCACGUUCUAGUUGUCGAUCCAGAAAAGGCGGCACAAAUGAGAUCCCAGGUUAUGACCCAUCUUCAUGUGAUUGAGGAAAGAAUGAAUCAGAGCCUUUCUCUGCUUUACAAAAUCCCAUAUGUUGCCGAUGAGAUUCAGGACGAGAUUGAUGAGCUUUUCCAGGAGCAGAAAGCGGACAUGGAUCAGUUCACGUCCUCGUUCUCGGAAUCGCAGGGAGAUGUGAGGGUCAGUGAGGAAGAGAGCGAGGAGGUCUCUCUGAAAGAAGGUAGCCCUUUUCGUCCGUUCCAGGUGAAAACUUUCCCAGCCAUUCCAGAGGCCGAAGACACGCAACCGGAUUCGUAUGCUCCAGUGAGAAAAGGUUCCGGGAUGGCCAAUCUUAACACACUGAUUGGUGCCGAGGAGAAGCUCAUCAACAGCAAGGGCAAAGCUGACCAGAAAGUGGUUAUCGAUGAGACCGUGGAUGUGAAGGAGAUGAUUUUCAAUGCAGAGAGAGUCAGAGGACUGGUGGAUGAACCGGAAUCUGAGGGAUCCUUGCGCAACGAGUUCAGCUUUAGCAGUGGGACGCUCAUUGGAUUGCUCGUUAUUGCUGUUGCCAUAGCUACAAUAAUUGUGGUUAGCCUUGUCCUGCUGAGGAGAAGGCAAUAUGGAACCAUUAGCCAUGGAAUCGUGGAGGUGGACCCAAUGCUGACCCCCGAGGAGCGUCACCUGAAUAAAAUGCAGAACCACGGCUAUGAAAACCCCACAUAUAAAUACCUCGAGCAGAUGCAGAUCUGAAUGCCACGUUGAAUGGGCGGGAAGGGGGCGAGGGAGGGUUGGGUUGCACAAGCCCAGGUGGGGUAUGUAAUGGGUAAAGGGGCCAAAGAAAGGGGAGUUGAUUUUGGUUUAUCGACUGAUCAUUCGUUGCAUUGAAGAGAGUGCUAGCCUGUUACUUUGGGCAACUCCUGGACUUUUUAAUAAUCCCUUCUGAGAUUCAUUUUUCAUUUAAACGGGUGACAGAAUAGAGAGAGUUAAACGAAUCAUUCAAGAGAUUUUAUUGCUGAUCUUUUUAAGAUGUAGUUAUUUGUUUAUUUUGGUUUUUUUUUUAUCAAAAAGAUUAAAUUCCAAUCACUUGUGUGUCUCCUACAAAUAAUAUAAAUAUAUAUAAAAAUAUAUAUAAAUGGAAAAAUGUUAAUUUCUGUUCUGAGUUUCUGGUAGAAUGCUUGUUUAUGCUGCAUCUUCAUAGUUUACUAGCUUAUUUAAAGAUGAAAAAGAAGCAAAGCGGAAUAUUAGGGCUUUUUGGGAAGGGGGUUUCAAUCAAUACAGGUUAAUUAAGGUUGAAGUCUUAAUACCGAAGAGACGUAGCACCUGACCUGUUAGUGUUUGGGCAGCUGUUCCACUUGCUUCUCAAACGUUAAGGUUCAUAAACCGCUUAUGUGUACUACUGAUCUUGUUCUAGGUAUUUACCUGCUUGGGCUGGUGUAUUCAUUUUUUAUUUUAUGGCGAUCCUCUACCUUCCCCCCAAGCUUGGUAGAGCCAGUGUAGUCUUGUUCUUGAUAUCAAUAUCUGUCAAUUUGCCAUAGUGCCCAUUUUAUUCCAGAACCCGAAUCAUUCCAAAAGGAUAGUUUUUUGUUUUUUUUCAGCAUUGCCAAAUAGGUACUGUAACAGUUUAGGAAGCCCCCUCCGUCAUAUAUUGGUACCAAGAACAAGAUCAUUGAUAGCAUCAUUGCAUGACCACGAAGCACAACCUGGCAGCUUUCCACCUGUGUGGCGUUCGUAGCCACAGCCAUUUAACAAAUCACUGUGUGGCAGAGAGCAAUUGGUGAACACCGCCCCCGUGUAUAAUCCAGAAAACAUGGGGUGUCCUAUCUUUUAGAGGAGUCGAGAUUGUCUGCAGAUCCCCCACCCUGUCUCUGUAUCGCUUGUAAAUUUGUUAGCCGUCACUGCAUCAUCAGAUUUCGGUUAUUUUCUCAAUAUUAAGGUUCUGGUAACCUGUGGUGUGUCUUUCGAGGUUUUCCUUUUUAUUAUUAUUGCUUCUCCCUCCACUAUACUGUGAUGUUUUCAUAAUUAUAUAUUUUUAUUUUUGUUUUAACCUUUAUAAUUUCUCUCGCACUAUGCACAGAUUUGACCUUGACCUGCGAAAUCCUUUUGUGUGUUCUGUGGGCAAUGUAAAAAUUGGAAAACACAUUAAUAAACACUCUAACUUCCAUAGAA